AGCAAAGCAGCGAGCCGAGCGGCCGUCGCCCGAGCCGAGCCGCGCCGCGCCGCCAGCCCGCCCGCCGCCCGCCAGCCCGCGCUCCAGCCCGCCGUGUCUAGCAGCGGGGCCCAGCAUGGUCAUGGCGGAUGGCCCGAGGCACUUGCAGCGCGGGCCGGUCCGGGUGGGGUUCUACGACAUCGAGGGCACGCUGGGCAAGGGCAACUUCGCCGUGGUGAAGCUGGGGCGGCACCGGAUCACCAGGACGGAGGUGGCGAUAAAAAUAAUAGAUAAAUCUCAGCUGGAUGCAGUGAACCUUGAGAAAAUCUACCGAGAAGUGCAAAUAAUGAAAAUGUUAGACCACCCUCACAUCAUCAAACUGUAUCAGGUAAUGGAGACCAAAAACAUGUUGUACCUUGUGACAGAAUAUGCCAAAAAUGGAGAAAUUUUUGACUACCUUGCAAAUCACGGCCGGCUAAAUGAGUCUGAGGCCAGGCGCAAAUUCUGGCAAAUCCUGUCUGCUGUCGAUUACUGUCACAGUCGGAAGAUUGUACACCGUGACCUCAAGGCUGAAAAUCUCCUGCUGGAUAACAACAUGAACAUCAAAAUAGCAGAUUUCGGUUUUGGAAAUUUCUUUGAAAGCGGUGAACUGCUGGCGACAUGGUGUGGCAGCCCCCCGUAUGCGGCCCCAGAAGUCUUUGAAGGGCAGCAGUAUGAAGGACCACAGCUGGAUAUUUGGAGCAUGGGAGUUGUUCUCUACGUCCUUGUCUGUGGAGCCCUGCCUUUUGAUGGACCAAGUCUUCCAAUUUUGAGGCAGAGGGUUUUAGAAGGAAGAUUCCGGAUUCCAUAUUUCAUGUCAGAAGAUUGUGAGCACCUUAUUCGAAGGAUGCUGGUCCUCGAUCCAUCCAAACGGCUAACCAUAGCCCAGAUCAAGGAGCAUAAGUGGAUGCUCGUAGAAGUUCCUGUGCAGAGACCUGUUCUCUAUCCACAAGGGCAAGAAAACGAGCCGUCCAUUGGGGAAUUUAAUGAGCAGGUCCUGCGACUUAUGCACAGCCUUGGGAUAGAUCAACAGAAAACCAUUGAGUCUCUGCAGAACAAGAGCUAUAACCACUUUGCUGCCAUUUAUUACUUGUUGGUGGAGCGCCUGAAAUCACACAGGAGCAGCUUCCCGGUGGAGCAGAGACUCGACGCCCGCCAGCGUCGGCCCAGCACCAUCGCAGAACAGACAGUUGCCAAGGCACAGACCGUGGGGCUCCCAAUGACCGUGCACCCCCCGAACGUGCGGCUGAUGCGAUCUGCCCUCCUCCCACAGGCACCCAACGUGGACGCCUUCGCGUUUCCUGCGUCCGGCUGUCAGGCGGAAGCAGCGUUCAUGGAGGAAGAGUGUGUCGACACCCCAAAGGUGAAUGGCUGUCUGCUGGACCCUGUGCCCCCUGUCCUGGCGAGGAAGGGGUGCCAGUCGUUGCCUGGCAACGUGAUGGAGACCUCCAUUGAUGAGGGCGUGGAGACAGAAGGAGACGCCGAGGAAGACCCCAGUCAGGCCUUCGACGCCUUCCAGUCCACACGCAGUGGGCAGAGACGGCACACUCUGUCGGAAGUGACCAAUCAGCUGGUGGUGAUGCCUGGUUCAGGGAAAAUUUUCUCUGUGGGUGACAACCCCUCCCUUGACAGUGUGGACUCUGAAUAUGACAUGGGGUCUGUUCAGAGGGACCUGAAUUUUCUGGAGGACAACCCUUCCCUCAAGGACAUCAUGUUAGCCAAUCAGCCCUCACCCCGCAUGACGUCUCCCUUCGUGAGCCUGAGACCUGCCAACCCAGCCAUGCAGGCUCUGAGCUCCCAGAAACGAGAGGCUCACAAUAGGUCUCCAGUGAGCUUCAGAGAGGGCCGCCGGGCGUCAGACACCUCCCUCACCCAAGGAAUUGUAGCAUUCAGACAGCAUCUUCAGAAUCUGGCUAGAACCAAAGGAAUCCUAGAGUUGAACAAAGUGCAGUUGCUUUACGAGCAGAUGGGAUCCGAGGCCGACCCUACCUUGGCAUCACCUGCUCCUCAGCUCCAAGCCCUUGCCAGCAGCUGCCCUCAGGAGGAAGUUUCUCAGCAGCAGAAAAGCAUCUCUGCGCUGCCCAGCAGCCCACACCCUCAGCUCUGCCAGCGGCCCGGCCUGGAGGCCCAGUUCCUGCAGCACCGACUCCAGAAGCCCAGCCUUCUGUCAAAAGCCCAGAACACCUGCCAGCUUUAUUGUAAAGAACCACCACGGAGCCUUGAACAGCAGCUGCAAGAACACAGACUCCAGCAGAAGCGGCUCCUCCUGCAGAAACAGUCUCAGCUGCAGGCAUACUUUAAUCAGAUGCAGAUAGCAGAGAGCUCGUACCCACAGCCCGGCCAGCAGCGGCCCCUCCCCGGCCAGGAGCCGCCCCCGCCGGCCCACCCGCCCGCGCCGUUCAGCCGGACGCAGCCCCUGAGCCCCGUGCUGGAGCCCGCUGCCGGAGGGAUGCAGUACAGCCCCUUCCUCGGUCAGUACCGGGAGAUGCGGCUGCAGCCCCUGCCGUCCCCGCCGGGUCCCCGGGCCGCCCCUCCGCUGCCGCCCCCGCCGCCCCCGCCCCCGCCCCCGCCGCCGCCGCCGCCGCCCCCGCAGUCGGGAGCCGCCCCCGCGCCCCUGCGGUUCUCCUAUCAGACUUGUGAGCUGCCGGGCGCCGCCUCCCCGGAGUCGGACUACCCCACGCCCUGCUCGUACCCCAUGGAUGGAGACCCGCAGAGCGGCCGCCUGGCAGCGCCAGACUGCCCCCAGAGCUCAGGACUGCAGGAAGCCCCCUCCAGCUACGAUCCUCUAGCCCUCCCGGAGUUCCCCGGACUCUUCGAUUGUGAAAUGCUGGAGGCCGUGGACCCACAGCACAGCGGCUACGUCCUGGUAAAUUAAUCUCGGCGCAGGAAGUGAAGCGGGUCAAGUGAAGACAGCGUGUGUUAUUUCUAUUUUUAUUCCAGCCUUUUCAAUGUAAAGCUUAUUUUCCUGCCCUCUCCCUAAUGGGGUAAAAAUCAAGUCGCCCAGCUGGAAUUGGAGGGCCCAGCCGGGUGGAUGUGGCUCCCCCCGGCUUUGUCCCACCACGGUUUCCGUGGCCAGUGCUGGAACAGUUGAAGGCUGAAGCUCGUGCCCUUAGGUCAGGUGGAGCAGGCGCUCGUCAGAGGCACCAGCAAAUGUUUCUAUAAGAAGACAUCCAGCCCUAGGUUUUAUGCAAAACUCCACCAAUUUAUUAUCGAGGGAAAUCUUGGUGAAAGCAGGAAAAAGAAAGUGUGCCAUUACAUAUAGGCAAAAAAAAAAAAAAAAAGGCAAUAUAAUAUUUUUCACUGAAGCCAAGAACAGCAUGUUGCUUAAAGGCAAAUCAAGAAUACAUAUUAAAGUUGAUGCACAGGAAAUAAAGGAAAGUUGUACUUUGCCACUGAGUCAUAAGUUCUAAGCUGCUGAUGCAAGUUGUCCCCAAGACCAUUGCAAAGGGGUAGAGCGUGAGCCUUGUUUCCGGGGCCACUAAAGAACAGCUGGUACUGACCCCUGAGACUGGCGGUCGCCUCCAUCUGAGAACAGGUGACACACCUCUUCAGCAGGUGCCCUGGGUUACAGUGUGUCCUCAGGGCUCCAGAGAUGUCACCUGUGGAACCAAGGGCAGGAGACUGGAGAAACCAUCAGGAGCGCAGCCCUGGACCAGGGAAGACGGGCUUUUCCUGCGAUCUUCUGUGGAGACUUCUAGUUUGGGGCAGUUGGUCUUUAGAGGACCUGGCGUCUCUUUUAAAAUGUAAUAACUACUUGGACUUUACACUAGAUGUGGCUAGUCGUUUAUCGAGCUUUGUAUAUUUGAACAGUUUCAUAUAGGGCUUAGGAAUUUUAAGGACAAGAGAAAUGAACUUCUAUCACCCAUGUGAAGUGGUUAGUGCUGUGCCUUCUCCCCCCAGAUCAUGCUUUAAUUAUUUCUUUUCUGUAGAAACCAAGUUUCCCACUUAUGUCAAUGCUAAAUCCAAAGUCACUUCAGAGUUUGUUUUCCACCAUGUGGGAAUCACAUCCUUAAUUUCCUUAGGUUUUGACUUGUAAUGAAAUGUUCAAGUAUUAACAGCAAUAUUCAAAAGACCACAGAUGUGUUAACCAUUUAAAGCAGGUCAUCUGCCAAGCACGUGAUAUGACCAGUAAAACUGAGACCCUUACAGCUCAGUCGUCAGAGUAAGUGAAAAAUAGAUGCUACCGCUAGUGAACUGUCGGCCUAGAGGCAAUGAGUAUUCUGUCAUUCGGACAGUAACAUCCAAGUGUUACAAAUUCAGUAUUAUUUACAAAGAGGACCGUUUCUGUCCUUUAGAAUGGCGUGUCCUAUCAGCAGAUGAAUGCAUUAAGCACAAGGCAUCUUCCUUAAAGCACAAAGAAGAGAGAUACUACACUGAUGCUGCAUCUAGAACACCUUUAAGUUGCCUUUCCUCUUUGUAGUACGUGUCCAGGCAGGUGAGGAGAAGCGUGGAAGGUCUGAGGAGCUCUGUUCUGGCCCCUCUUGGCGCCAGGACGCUCCGCAGAGGCACUGCGCUUGGGGUCGGGCUCUGGGUGUGAGCGACAGUGGUGCGGAGGACGAGUGUUUUGUGACUUGACAACAUGCAGUGAAAAAUCCAGGAAGGAAGUAGGUUCCUUCUGCGGAUUGUUUAAUCCUCCUCGUGCUUAAGAUUGAUGAUUCCGUGAAAUAGACAUCAUUUCAUUUAAGAGAUCCUCUCAUUAAGACCUCUAACCUUAGAGCUAUAAAGCAGGGCUUGAUUUGUUUAAACUGAAGGAUGUUUUCCCAAAAUAGUCUACAGAAGCGCUAUAAUAUUUAUGAAAUUAAAAUGCCUUCCAGAUCGAAAACGGGGGCCACUCAUUUCAGAGUCGCAAGAGUGGCAUUUACAGAUGGGCAGACACACCUGCCCCAUGAGACAAGGCCAUGAGCCGCUUAGCCCAGGACACCUGGGAGCUGCGGCAGGUCAGCUGGGCUGACAGACAAGAGGCAGCGGAGAGGCUGUUGGGAGGCUGAAGGCCCCAGAGGUAGACACCGGGGAGCGCGCGGCGGUGGCCAGGCCUGUCGGGAACUGACCGGCAGCAGGGCGGAAGCCCCCGGGGAGAGCAUGGCCCGUCCUGCUGGACUGUGUUGUAAGUACCUGUUUGCUUUUCUCAUUUGUUUCAAGCAGAAAUCAAUAAAUUCCAUAACAAUCUGUAUUUGCUGAAAGCUAGGCUGGUGAGAGGAGACUGCUUCUGUCGGUCAGUGAGGCGUUUCGCCAGCCCUGCCUGAUCAGCCCUGUUGCUCUGUCCCCUCACUGGUGACCUGUGCGUGUCUCCUCUCUUCACAAAUACUAAAGUAACACUAAGAACGCUUAGUACUCUUCUUUUUCUAAGAGGUACUUUGAGGUCAUGACUUUCUUUCCAGUCUGUUUCACAUUAGCAGCGUGAACACUACUGUAUAAUAACCAUUAGCUUUAUUGUCUUGUAAACCAGGCUCCUCUGAAGAGACUUCAGUGAGAUGAACGAGAGGUAAAAAUUUCAUUCAGCAAAAAGUGCAAUAUGUGUGGUACUUUAUUUUUUGUUUGUGCUUUUUUUUUUUUUUAAUCCAGGGAUAUUAAUCUCUGCUUUGGGAAAAAUGCACUAGUCCUACAAUUUCCAGGUGGGCAAGUGUCUCUCUAGGAUUUACACACAGCUGAUAUGCUGGUCCCUGUAAGGCAAAUAGAGCCCGUUAGCUCAGCAGAGAGGGUGGAUGUUCCAUCUGAAAACUCCUGGGGAGCUGCACUGAACACCCCCUGACGCCCUGCCACCAUCUCUGUUCCCCCCAGGCCGGCACUGCCCUCUUGCUGCCUUGGGAACAGACGGGGCGGUAGAAGGUUCUCCACACCAGCCACCCUCCAGUCUCCACUGAUGGGAAACUUCUGGGGCCCCCAAAGGAGGGCUAGGGGAUGGGACUAAAGGACUCCUUUUCUGCACCAACUUUGCCUCCAAGGAAAGAGAAAAUCAGAGUCCCUUUCUUCCCCAGAAAUAAAGAACUUCCGCACGUGUGAGCUGUGUCCUGACUCAGUUAAGUAGGACUGACAGGAGCAACCUGGGGUCCAGGCUGAAGGCAGUCCUCGGCUCAGAGCAGUGGGGAGCCCUGUGCCCUGCCGGGGAGUGAGGAGACCACCUUGUGGGAAUGUCACCCUCCAAGCCGACUCAAGGCUCCUGCAGAAGGGACUCAUGGUGGCACUGGCCUCUCCCUCUCUGUCCCCACACUGUCAUUAGGACCCGAAAGGGAGGAUUCUCAGAGCAAAGAAUUCUACCUAAUUGUUAGAGUCGGGAAGAGGGUGUAUUCUCAGCUGGAGAGUGACGGGUGGCCAGCCAGGAGCUGAAGGCAGGUGGAAAGCAGAGGCCUCCACUCUAGUGGGCCGGGGGUCCAGGGGUAUGGCAGUCAGAGCAGCCCGUCAGGGGUGGGCAGUUCACACGUGGACGUGAUGAAAUGCGCAGUUUCCUUUGCAGGGUCCUCCCAUCUCCAGGCAAGCCCCAGGUACUUAAAUACUGGGUUCUGUGUUGAGGUCAGAAUUUCCAGCUCUAGACUACAUGUAAAGACCUGUGAGCAGCUUCACCUAAGCUCCCUGUUGGCUUAAGGAAAAUCACACUCUGGAUAAUCUUUCACAUUCCUCCUCUUUGGAGACAAUACGUAGGGUCACUGGACAGCACGGGGCCCAGGGAACAGCUGCGGAGUCCCCGCGCCGGGGCUGACCUUGGCUGCAUCCCUACCCCUAACUGGGCUGCCUCUACCGCCGCCUCGGAAGCCACCCGAGCUGCUCUGUCCCUCUGUACUGAGACAUCAGAGGUGAAAACUGGGGGACGGGUAGUAAGUUGGAGUCAUGGAGAGGCAGGGGUCUUUGAUCACUUUGUUGCUUCAGGAAAUGUUUACAGAACUCAUCCUGAGUGAUGUGUGACAGACGAGAGUAACACCACCUGCCUCUCUAAACUUGACAAAUCCAAUUCUAACAAAUUGAUGGAUCCCUUCUGACCAGUUCAGCAGUAUGGUCCUCCCUGGCCUGUAUCCCUGGCCUCACACGGCCCCUCACAUCUUUGUUUUACUGUUAUUCCCCAGUAACCGUUGUCCUGGCUGACUCCAGGAGACUCACAGCCGCCCCAGUUAGACCAUCUUAUGUCCACAUCUCAUCUGCGCAAUUUUCAACACACUUGGCAGAACUGGGCACCUGCUGGUGCGUAGAUGGAGAAACAUACAGCAGCGCUGCCCACAGCCAGUGGUAGGUUUGGUGGUUCCUGCCCAGAUAAUCAGCUUGUCUGUCCAAAAGGAGCAGUAGCUUCUCUUUGCGCAUUAAUUUACCAAGAACUUUCACAAGUAAUCUCUUCUAAUCCUCCCAACAAUACUAUGAAAUCAGCUGAGCAGAGAGUCCUCAUUUUCCACAGCUGAGGAAACCCAAGCUCUGGGAAGGUUACGUGACCUCUCUAAGCACACAGGGCUCACGCGUGGCCGAGCCAGACAAGCUCUGGGGUUUCCUGGCUUCUCACUCCACUCUCCUCCCUCCUCGGUAGCAGUUGACCCUUUUCAUGAGCAAACAGCUGUAUAAACAAAGCCCCCAUCUUGGCCAAGCACUGACUGGAUGUGACACUGUCCUCGAAACCUUAUUCCCGCUUGACAGUUGCCCGGCUUUGGGGGAAGAGGUGCCCUCCAGGUGACAACUGUAGUUGUCCAGGUGGCCCCGCAUGAACAAGGCUAAGGGAGAGACAGACCCCACAGAUCUUUCCAGUGUCCAAUGUACCACAGAAGCUUAGGUUCACAUCAAAGAUGUGUAGUUUCUCCAAGUUACACAAUAUCGUAAUUUCCCACAGAAGUCUAUGAUGGCGGGACACACCAUUCCUUAACUGCCAAUGGCUUUGGCCGCCACUGCAGGCCAGCGACUCAACCUCAAGAAAGGGGGCUGCGCAGAGAAUUAUCAGGAACUCAGCCCAGUCCUGAGGGGGGGUCAUGAAGUUUCUUUACCAUUAAGGCCCAUCAAGCAGAAGUGUUACCAGACACUCAUAGGGUUAAGAAAAUAACAUCCUUUGAUCGAAUACUUUUGUCUUUUCAGAGGCAAAGUGGGUGGAUAGGGAGGAGCUUUAAAAAUAGAAGUACAAAAUAACACCCUGGAAAAAAACGUGACCCCAGAUUGGGAGAAUGUUACAUUAGCAAAUGCAGAUAACUGGGACUUGCCACUGGCUGUGUGAUGCCUAUCUGUUCACGAUUUGCUCAGUCAAGGAAAUUCAUGUGGUGAUGCCUUCCCACUACUGAUGGUGAAAGAAACCUGCCUCCACCGAAAUCUCUGAAGGGAAAAGAACCAGAAAAGGAGGUUUGCUUCUCUUCGGGGACUGCAGUUUAGGAAAUAAAAGUGAUACAGAGAUAUUUGCACUUUGUAGAAAGGGCAAGAUUAUUUGCUUAUUUCUGAAGGGAGGAGGGUGGUCUCUGCUGGAUAUCUGGUUUGUGAAAGAGUUACUUUCGAUAAAGUUAAUCUAAUUGUAGUUAUUUUUCCUGUGUGCUUUUUUUUUCAGUUACCAAGAAAAAAUGGUGAGUUCAAUAGCUUUGGUAUUUUGAGUGCAAAUCAUAAUAGCUCCAAUGUGAAAAAAUCAAAAUGUAACCUGUCACUCAAUGUUAGAAAAUUGCCUAAAAUGCAGUUUAAUAAAUGAUCUUUGUAUCAAACGGUAAUUUAAAUGGGGUAAUUUUCUGCAAGGAAAAUGUACUGUUUUUACGUUUCCAACCCUCUUGAACUAAAAUAAAAACAACUUGUUUUCUAA